AUGCCUCACGCCCAAAUUCUCACUCCUCAAUCCAUCUUCCUCGCUUCUCGCUUCUCCAAAACAAUCUCUUUCUCAGCUUCUCUUCCUGCAACCCAACCUAUAAAAAGAACCCACUGCAAUCUGACAAAGAAAAACCUAGUUAUUCGCUUCUCAUUUCAGCCUGUGAGAUGCUCAGUUUCUGUGGUAUCAGAAUCAACAACCCAGAAGGAAUUUCUAAAGAAACCCUCUCCAGCGGAAAUUUCCAGAACGAUAAUGGAUUUAUCGUCUGUGGGUAGUCUUUGUACGUUUAUGCAAGAAGGUUUGCCUUUGUGCAUUGGUGUUCACUUUGCUGUAGACCCUGAAGGGAUGCCUAUCUUGUGCUUGAAUGCUGCAGAUUCUAAAUUUUCUAUUGGCAGCAGCUCUUGUCUUAAUGUCCGGAUAGAACAGUGCGGUGCACGGACUUCACAAUGUUCGCUUCAAGGCAUCCUCACCAAACCCGAAGAUAAGAUGGUUUUGAAGAAACUCCAGUCGAUAUGGAAAAAUAGGUUUGAAGAAGAAGUGGAUGAUGAUCUUAUAUGUGUGGUUGUUGUUGAACAGGUCCUACAGAUGGAAAAUUUCAUGGAGGCUGGGGAAUGGGUGACCUCAAUGGAGUACAAAGAUGCAAGCCCUGAUCCACUUAGAAACUUUGCGGAAAAGAUUGUAAAUGAAUUCAACACAAACGUGGAAGAUGUCCUUCGCUUUUGCAAAUUUUAUGUGGAUUUGGAAUUCCAGGUGAAAGAGGCAAAGUUGAUAUGGGUUGACCGGUUAGGUUUCGAUGUGCAUUUGCUGUCACCUGAGGGAGACACUUUUGAGGUCCGGGUUCCUUUCCCUAGAGAAGUUACAGAUGAGAAGAGCACAAAAUCUUCAUUCAAUUGUAUGUCCCAAUUUGCAUGGGAAAUAGAGAAGAACUACUCUGCUCCAAUGUUUGAGAAGGUGAAGCAUUUGAAACAGAUUAGCUGCAGCAGACACGAUUAAUCAUAGUGAUUUUCUUGGCAGCUUUUCAUAUUGUGUAGAGGUUGUUUUGGAACAAACACUGUGAAUCAGUGUAUUCUUGUUAUUAUCAAUACUUGUGUGUUAUAAAAGCAAAAGUGUAAUCAAACAUCAGUAGCUUCACAAUGCUAAAGAGGCUUUAAUUGAUUGAGCUU